AUGACAGGACACAAAAUUCGGGAUUUUUCAAAGGACAACCAGGGAGAGGACCUGUAUGAAUUUCCAGAUGAUAUCACCGAAAACAAAAAUGGUGACGUUUGGACCUCCGACAGAAUUAUGGUGGUGGUGGUAGAAAAGUCAGGAGAACAUAGAUUUGACUACGAAGGUCAGCAGUCGCAGUCUAACUUUAGUCCUCGGGGAAUCUGUUCUGAUAUUCUUGGCAACGUACUAGUGUGUGAUUAUGAUUCCUCAAAUGCCAGUGUUCAUCUUCUGGAUCAGGACGGACAGCUUCUAUCUCUCAUACUGACAAAUCACCAUAAUAUCCAUGACCCAAUGGCUCUGAGUGUUGACGACGAAAAUAACCUCUAUUUAGGCCAGCUGAAUAGUAACAUAAUCACGGUCUUCAAGUAUCUUCAAAUAACAGAGAAAUAA